AUGUAUGAAGGGCAGGAUAAUGUUGCUGGGCUUGGGGAGCUCCCCACGGUUACCGCGGCGACCCGAGCAGGUCCCGCUGCAGCAACAACUGUGCCUGCGCCGGUAGCAGCGGAAACGGCACCAGCAGCAGAAGCAAUACCAGCAGCAGCUUCUCAAGCAUCCACCUACGCAGAGUACCCUUCGGGGCCUUCAGGGGAGGGCUGCGUCUCAAAAGGCUCAGCAGGAGUUGUAGCAGGCCCGCCACCAGAGGCGGCAGCAGCAAAUGCAGCAGCAGACGCAGCACCAGAAGCUGAUGCAGCGGCAGACCUGGCUGCUUACCGCCAACUGCACCACCAGCGGUACGCCGAGCGCUUGCUGCGAGAGGCAGCCGAGGCGGAACUGAUUCAGCGGCAGAGGGAAGAACAGAUUGGCGUGGAGCUGGCUCGUAGGUUGCAGCAGGAGGAGUUUGACCGGCUUGCGAUGGAAAAUGCAGCGAACCGGGAAAGGCAGAGGCAACUGGCGGAAGCGCGUUUUGGCGCUUCUGCCACUUCUUUCCAGGCGCCAACAAACACUGCAGUAGCAAUAGCAGCAGCAGAUACGGAAGGCCACCACUAUGCUCUCGCGCCAACAGGCGGGGAAGCCAUGGGAGACGACGGAGUGAGGGCCCCGCUGCGAACAAACUACACGGAGCGCCUUCUCGGUGAUUCGCCCUCUCGGCUGGCAGUUUCUUCCUUUCGGUCGCAGAGACUCUUCGAAGCUUAUUCGUCACCAAUGCAUGAAGAAAGGGACCCAGACACUCCGGGGCUCUGGGCUCUUUUGAGGCAAGGAACUUGGGUCGCUCGAGGAGAUAACAGCGAGCUUCAAAUCUGUGGGUUCUCAGCGCGGCACCUGCUGCCAUGUUGUUUGUGGCUGCUUCUGAUGGUGUUGCCCCUUAUCAUUCUUGUUUACGAGCUCUUAUCUAUUCAAACAGCUGCGUAG